AUGGUCGCCACCGUCGAUGCCUCUGCAUCCCUGUACACGCCAUCGAAUGGCUUGCCGGCUGAGCUCCAUGUCCUCGUCGACUUUGUCGCAGGUGACGACCGUCCCACCUUAAUCCUCGACGAUGCGACGGCCGAAAUCGUAUACCGCAACAGUGCCUUUGACGCCUUCGCAGCCACCUUAUCACAUAUAUCCUGGCUCGAGUCGCUCCUCGGUGCGGCGCGGAUUGGCACGCGACCCGAGCGACGGACCACACAGCAACUUGGUUCGUUCGCCGAACAACCAUGGUCCAGAAAGAGCAUUGCAUCGUCCUGGACCGCUGUCACAUGUCCGACACAAACACACCGAAGUUACCAUGUCAAGAUCCAGCCUGACCAGGCACGAGCUCUGUCGCCAGAAAACCAAGACUCGGCUCAAGCCUUACCUUCGACCACCAUUCCUCUGAAGCGUCAAGAGUCGGAUUCCGCUUCAAUGACCUCGACUUCUACAUACACGUCUAGCAUAGGAGCUUCUGACAUGGACACGCCCUUCGAAGACUUGACCGUCGACUGGCUCUUGUUCCCGAAACCUUCUCCAGACCCCUGGCUCGACUUUGUACUCAACCACAACUGGGAGGAUAAAACCGUCGGUCCUAUACAUUCUUGGCCUACCAUGCUGCGACAAAUGUACACGACGAUUCUGGCUUCGAGAGAGCCUCGCGUCCUGUACUGGGGAAACGAAAUGUUGCUGCUCUACAAUAAGGAGGCAAAAUUCGUCGUUGGGGAGCUUCACCCCUCUCACUUGGCGAGCCGCUUCUAUCAAUCUUUGGCGAAGACGUCCAUACUGAGAUUGUCAAGAUGA